CUGAACUCAAAUUCAAAUGCAGAAAUACAAGUAUAUUUAACACUUUCUCAGGAUAAAAGCAGACUAUUUUAUAAUAAUUAUACCCAGUUCAUUGUCAGAAACAUGUAUACCAUUCUUAAAGCAUCAAAGAGAAGACAAAUUUGAUAAUUUACUACGACCUGAACGAGUUCAACGUUUCAAUUCUAUUAGUGGUGAAUUUGAGAUGCUUGAAUAUGUUAAACCAAAUCGUAGUGCCCUCUGUUCCGUGGAUUUUUCAACAGAUGUGAGAGGAAAAGUUUUAAAUAUUGCCGUUGACGAGUUGAGUCCGUACUUGAUAUUCGAAGACAAUAAGACGAAAGUAACUGGAUUUUUUGGAGAUGUUUGGACUAUAGUACAAGAAGCACUGAAAUUUAGAAAUGUCAAAAUAAAAUUAUGUAGAUCAAUCUACCACUCAUCCUAUGAAUAUUCAAUUUUGAAAACUGGAGAGUUUGAUGCUUUACUUACAGCGUCAUUAAUGAAAUUUCCAACUACAGCAUAUUAUGCACAUAGCACAGUUAUAGGAGAAAAUUCGUAUUCACUAUUUGCACUUUCGGAAGGUAGUACCGUUUCAAAGUGGUGGUAUACCCGUAUAUUUGACACGCACGUUUGGAUUUUGUCAACUAUUUUUGUGAUUGUCUUAACGCUAGUUAUGAUUGGUAUUCAUAAUGUAAAGAAAAAUUGGUGUAAACAAAUUGAAUACUGCAACGAAUUUAGUUUUCCGACCUUCACUUUACUUUGCAUUCUUGGAGCAACGAGUGGUCAAGGAUUUCAGAAUCUACCACGUUCAUGGUCACUGAGAUUGUGUGCACUUACAGCACUCAAUAUGGGGAUGCUGCUUUCGUGUGGCUUUAAUAGUACCCUAACGUCAUAUUUGGCUUCUCGUGUGCCUUACGUUGGCAUGAGUAAUCUUGAAGAUGUCUGGAAUUUGGGAACUCAUUCGCUUUGCGUAAGAAACAAAAGUCUUGCCUACGAUGAAUUAAUGGGGGCUAUAAUAAAAAGCAAUAAUCCGGCCGAUGUAAAGAAAAAAUGGAGGAAAUUAUUAAACCGAAAUUGUCCCAAUAUGGAAAAUGAGAUAGAAGUGAGAGAUAUGCUUUGUCGAUCAGGAUUUGUUUAUGUUGAAGCAUCGGAUGUAUUUUUAAAAGAAUAUCAACAUGUUCGUCAUAAAUGUCAGAUUGUAAAAAUUCCUGGCACUUAUUGGAACUCAAAGAUAUCUUUUCUACAUUAUAGAGGUUCAAAAUAUCGAAAAACUAUCAAUAAAUACUUAUUACGUCUGCGAGGUAUUUUAAAAUACUUAGAAAAUAAAUGGAUUUUUCAUCCGAAUCUAAAACACGUACAAUUUAAUCAAUUUCAGACAGUCGAAUUGGGUCAUGUACAACUAUUAAUUAUUGGACUAAUUAUUAUGAUAAUUUUCAGUGUUGUUAUUUGUAUUUUUGAAAAUUUAUGGUUU